UACAAUAACAGACUAGAAAUCAUUAUAAAUUUUGACAUUGUCACAUAAGUCGCACCUGCCAAACUAAGAAGUUUAUCCGACGGAUUGCAUCGUAAUGAAUUCAUUUCAAGGUGCUAUAAAGAAGAAACUGGAAAAAAGUGGGCUCUUCAAGAGAAAUUUGUUUAAGCGGCUCUACAGUGUAUUUACAUUAACGGUUAACAAGUUGAUUGGCAUACUGCCCAGCGAGGCAAGAACAAGCUUGCAGAUUCUACAGAAGGAAUACAUUAAGCAGUUCUUUUUUGAAAAGCGCGUGGGAAGCGGAGGAACUUGGAUUAAGUCAAAUGCAUGCUUUGGAUGAUUAAUAAAGAACUGCGGUAGAAGCAUUGCAGCAGGAAAGCAUUCUCUACAUCUCUCAGGUCACAGUGUGCCAUUUUUAUUCAGAGAACGUCAGCGCAAGAAAUCGCGUCUUAAACUAUUAUCUGAUAAUCGUAUACGAUUUAGCAUUGAUAGCCUGUAUCGUUCCAUAUUUUUGCGCGAGUUAAGCAGACCAAACUGUGUUAAAAUGAUAAUACAGAAAUUUAUGGAUGGUUUCCUAUACUGCUUAAGAAAGAUAUUUUUUAAAGACCAGAUGUGCAGCUGACAUUAUAAUUGCACAAAUUUAAUAAGUCUCAAACUCAAAUAUCAUCACAACAUAUUUAAGCUGUCGUUGACUGUUGCGAAAUUACCUGCUUCCUUGAUUUCUAAUUGUUUAAAAAAUGUUUACUAGUCAGGGCGAGGCUACUGAGAUUGCAACCUCUCGAAGUGAGACUUUGCAGCUAAAUUCAUUACCAAAUUUGACUGAAAGCUCAAAAUUUAACGAUUUAGAGUCUGAAACGCAGGAGGAUCUUCAGUUCUCUCGAAUUGCUGCUAAGAAUAAGCUAUUGAAGCUAAGUUGGUGGCACUCGCCCGCUGAAGCUCGUGAUGUAGAGGCAACAUCAGUGCAGCAUAGAAAAAUUGAUAAAGGACCCCAUAAUAAAACGAAGAGGGUCGAGAACAAUAAUACUUUAGUUAAUGGCUGUAUUAACACUCCAGCAAGAUCUGUUCCGUUACUGCACUAUAUUUGUCCCGAACAGGAACGUGCCAGUGAUGGAAAGGAAGCAAGCAUUCUCGAGCCUAACGUUGAUGAAUUUUAUCCGAAAGACUCCCACCGACUUGUCAAUGAUUCCAAACCAUGUACUGGACUGUUAAAUCAAGAUCAAGAGGAUCAAAUGAACGUAUGCGGAUAUCGUCGAUCUCAUAUACGAACUUCGUUUUGCUGGGCUUGUAUUUUGCUGACUGGUGGUCUAUUGCGGCUCGUCUUACAUUGGUGGCGUCAUUUGUAUUUAUAUGCAACUUGCACUCAAUGUUCAUUGGAGGAGGCAGAACAGGUUUUGGUAACCGAGGAUUAUCAAGGAAAGCACAAAUUGUAUCACGUAAAGCCAGUUCAAGUCCUAUCUGCGAACCACCUUGAGAAAUUAUUGGAAAAGGAGGCGAAGGGAACAGAAAGUAUUCAUUUAGAAAGUGAUGAUGUAGAAAACGCCAUUCAACCAUCGGUUCAUUUUACCUCGGCGCAAUUCAAAAGGUGUUCAUCCCUACGAAUAUUCCGAUGCAAACAAUUGGUCUAUGCAUGGAACAACAGUCUGAAUGGUUUCCAAAGGAUAAAUGGACUCGAUCUUAAUAUCCCGUGUUCAUAUUAUCACCAACAACGUGGGUUAAGUGUGAAUGAACAAAUUUCAAGGCGAAUUGUUUUUGGAGAUAAUGAGAUAACUGUUCCAUUGCGAGAUGUUAAGACAUUGCUUUUCUUGGAAGUACUUAAUCCUUUUUAUGUUUUUCAAAUAUUCUCAGUAAUCUUGUGGUUUACAUAUGAUUACUAUUAUUAUGCUUGCGUAAUACUUUUGAUGUCAAUAUUUGGUAUAACGGUGUCUAUUUUACAAACGAAAAAGAAUCAAGAUGUACUGCAAAAAACAGUAUAUAACACUGGUAAUGCAUGGGUUGUUGAUUCUAAAGGUCUGUCCAAGGAGUUUCCAACGCGAGCCCUAGUACCAGGAGAUAUAAUUGAAAUACCAUCUUCAGGCUGUACUCUGCAGUGCGAUGCAGUAUUAUUAUCAGGAAAUUGCAUCCUAGAUGAGUCUAUGCUUACUGGCGAAAGUGUGCCAGUGACUAAAACUCCAUUACCAUCAAAGCGUGACAUUAUAUUUGAUAAAAAAGAGCAUGCCAGGCAUACCCUUUUUUGUGGGACAAAGGUUAUUCAAACUCGCUAUAUUGGAUCAAAAAAAGUGUUAGCAUUUGUGAUAAACACUGGAAACAUAACAGCUAAGGGGGAACUUAUACGAUCUAUUCUUUAUCCCCCACCUGUUGACUACAAAUUUGAACAAGAUUCAUAUAAAUUUAUUCAGUUCCUGGCUGUAAUUGCUUGUGUCGGAUUUAUUUAUACGCUUGUAACAAAAAUAUUGCGCGGCACGGAUCCUGUUAAAAUAGCUGUUGAAUCUCUGGACCUUAUUACAAUCGUUGUCCCACCAGCACUGCCAGCUGCAAUGACCGUCGGCCGUUUUUAUGCACAAAAACGGUUAAAGUCUAGUGACAUAUUUUGCAUUUCCCCUCGGUCUAUAAAUGUAGCAGGAAGCAUAAAUUGCUGUUGCUUUGACAAGACUGGAACACUCACAGAAGAUGGACUUGAUAUGUGGGGAGUUGUGCCCAAAUCAUCAACAAAUCAAUUCCAAAUACCGUUAAAAAACGUGGACCGAUUGCCGUACGAUCAUUUUCUUUUCGGCAUGGCAACGUGUCACUCUAUAACAAUAAUGAAUGGAACAAUGAUGGGGGAUCCGUUGGAUUUAAAAAUGUUUCAAUCCACGGGUUGGACACUAGAAGACGCAAAUAACAUACCAGAUAAUGAAAAAUAUGGUAUUCUUUAUCCAACUAUUUUAAGACAACCAAGACAUAGCGUUUCCGACUUAACCUCACACGAUUCGGGAUCCAAGAGUAAAAUUAACCGGCAAUCUUCUCUGGACGAUUUACUAGCUACUGUUGGUAUCUCGCAAGCUCAAAAUAAUUUUGAUCAUGGUAUCGUUAGAGAAUUUCCAUUUUCUUCGAGUCUUCAGCGAAUGUCCGUCAUUACUCGUUGUCUGAGUGACCAAGUAUUUAACGUGUACUGCAAAGGUUCUCCGGAGAUGUUACAGAAGCUUUGCACACCGCAAAGCCUUCCCGAUAAUUAUUCUGAGCAGUUGUCGACAUUUGCGAAAAAAGGGUACCGAAUUAUUGCCAUAGCAUUUAAAGCUCUUGUCCAAAAGAUGAACUAUACAAAAAUACAGCGUCUAUCCCGCGAAGAGGUUGAAAACAACUUGGAAUUUCUCGGUUUUGUGAUACUUGAAAAUCGCCUCAAGCCAGACACUGCGAAAGUAAUCAAUGCACUAAACUCGGCCAAAAUUCGAACUAUAAUGAUUACUGGCGAUAAUAUUUUAACUGCUAUGAGCGUUGCUAGAGAUUGUGGUAUAGUAAGCGCAUCGCAAGCUGUUAUAACAGUGCACGCAGAUCCGCUUGGAGGUGUUGCAAAUAUUCAAAACAAAAUCACUGGUUCUGGUACUGAAUGUAUUAUAGAUAAAAGUCCAGAUAAACUUUACAAGUUGCAGUACACUCUAGAUUUGGGAAGUAAAAUCACGCCCUCAUCUAUUUUAACAUCAAAUUGCAACAGUAACUUUUUUCACGAGGAGAAUCGUGUGGGUGAGUUUACCACGGACGGUGCUCAAACUCUAUUUCGCCUUGAUUCGACGAAUUCAUUAGUUAAUGAAUUAAGCUCAAGUUAUGCAGAUAGUAUUCUGCCUACGAGUGAAAGUUUAGCCAGUGUAAAGACAACAGACACAUGGACCCACAAUGACGGAACAGAUGCUGAGCUUGGAAUAAAGCGCACUCAAGACGAAAGCUGGCGGCAACACUACAUAUUUGCAAUGGAUGGUAGAACUUGGCAGAUUGUAAAAGACCACUUUCCAGAGGAAAUGGGAAUAAUAUUAACACGCGGCUCGAUUUAUGCCCGAAUGUCACCUGAUCAAAAGCAGGCUCUUGUUAUAGAACUUCAAAAUUUGGAUUACUGCGUUGCUAUGUGUGGUGAUGGCGCCAACGACUGUGGUGCGCUAAAGGUGGCUCAUGCUGGUAUUUCCUUAAGUGAGACCGAAGCGUCGAUUGCGUCGCCAUUUACUUCACGCAAUCCCACGAUUUCGGCAGUUCCAAACGUUAUUAAAGAAGGACGCGCUGCAUUAGUUACAUCGUUUGGGAUUUUUAAAUAUAUGGCUGCCUAUUCGCUAGUUCAGUUCAUAUCUGUUAUGAUUCUUUAUUCCAUCGACUCGAAUUUGACAGACAAGCAAUAUCUUUAUGUAGACCUCGGACUGAUAUCGAUAUUUGCAUUCUUUUUUGGUAAAACUGGAUCGUUUGAUGGAAAUCUGGUUAAACAAGUGCCCCUGAGUUCAUUAAUAUCUUCAACUCCAUUAGCAUCCCUUUUACUUCAUCUUACUGUCGUAACAGGAUUUCAAGUGAUUGGGUGGAUUCAUCUACAUCAAGAGCCGUGGUUUACGCCGUUCCAACCUUCUGACGAAGACCAUUUGGGUUGUUAUGAAAAUUACACUAUGUUUUGCAUAUCCAGUUUUCAGUACAUUAUACUUGCCUUUGUUUUUUCAAAGGGUGCGCCAUAUCGCCAGCCACUAUGGUCAAAUUGGCCACUCUGCUUAGCAUUUAUUGUAAAUGUAUGCGUUAUUGUCUAUUUGGUGAUUAACCCCAGUGACUGGGUAGCAAAUUUUUUUCAGCUCAUUGUACCUCCUGUGAUGAGUUUUCGAUACUUUAUGCUUAUUUACGGAGCCGCAGCAUUUACUUGUCAUGUUUUCGUAGAAUCAUUUUUGGUUGAAUAUCUAGUGUUUAAAAAAUACCAAGUUCAGCGGGAUAAUAACUGGGUCACUUCAAAGCAAAAAUACAUGCGUCUGGAGUACGACAUUUCCAAAAUUAAAAAUUGGCCACCAAUAACUGAAGUUUAUGAACCAAAUAAUGGUACCAACUGGGAAAUAGAGCAGCCCACGUAUGUCAGUUUGCAUGCUGAACAAAAUCAUGAUACGCAGCUUGGAAAAUUUCCAGGGUUUAAUUAGUAAAAUGCAUUAAAAAUAAAAAAUAGUUAAUAGAAAGUAUAGCGAGGGAAUAAUUUUCGCCAAAAUCUUUGUACAUUUUAAUAUAAGUAAAUGCAUAAUUUUAAGAACUCGCAUAAAUCACGCUGCGUUUGGAAAAUUUACUAGAUUUAAUUAGUAAAUUACAUUAAAAAAAGAAAGUAAGAAAGCGUA